AUGAAUCACCAUCAAGAAUUCAUCUUGGAAACGGAGGAGCAUUCGUACUUUCAGUCUAUCACAUAUGAAGAUCUUCCCGACUGUUUGGAAUGUCAGAAAAUUGGGCAUGAUGAUAAGGAUUGUCGACAUGGGAAGCUGAAAUCAACAACUGUGGAAAGGCAGCCCCAAAAGCCAAUUUCUGUGAAUAAACCAAAGCCUAAGGCUCCUGUUGUAGCAACAACGUGGAAACAAAAAGUGGUGCACGACCAAAAUCAGGAAGGGGUUGAAAAGGAUAAAGGUCCUUUAACAUCAGAGCUGACUGAGAAAGAUAAGGAACACAUCCCAACGGACAUACCAAGUAUUGUUUCUCCGCAGCGACAAAAUUCUUCAGCUAAGAGAAGGUUCACUAAGGAGCAGUUAAAUGCAGUACUGGAAAAGAAUAAGGUGGAGGAAAAUCUCGCCGAUCCUUGGGAUGAAGAGGUGCCAAUUAAUCAGGAAAAUCGUCAACAGCAGCUAGUUCUUUAUCAGGAUCCGGGAAAAACAAUUAAAUUGUCGGAACGAUUCCAUGUUCUGACAGACUUGGAAGAAGAGGGUGACGCUUCAGAGAUGGAAGAAAACCUGAAGGAGACGAUGGCUGGUCAUGAUUCGGAUGGUUCGCAUUCAGACAUUGAAGUGACUUAUUCAGAAUUACAAAAUGAUGUACAGGAAAACAUGCCUUCAACUAUGGAUGAUCUGGAAAUUGGCUAA